AUGGUUCAUGAAGCAGAAUUUGAAGCAAAUCCUACAGUGAUGAACAGGGAAAUGCUACAAAAGGUUCAGGCAGAAUUGAUCAAAUGUCUGGCACUAGAGGAGAAAUAUUGGCAACAAAAGGCAGGCAUGACUUGGUUCAAGGAAGGGGAUAGGAACACAAAGUUCUUCCACGCACAAGUGAGAGGUAGGAGGAAGAGACUUCAGCUUAACAGAAUUCAAAACAGUGGAGGAACCUGGAUUGAAGAAGAACAAGAAAUUGCAGAAGAGGCUAUCAAAUUCUACGAGGAACAGUUCACAGAAGCAGCUACUCCUUCAUCAUUUGAUAUCGUAGAGCAUGUUCCUAAUCUUAUUAACAUUGAACAGAAUGCAGAAUUGAUUAAGCAGCUAACAAAAGAGGAGGUUAAAGUGGCAGUACUUGGACUUAAUGGUGAUAGUGCUGGGGGCCAGAUGGUUAUAUCAAGGGUGGUACAUGAAAGGCUAGUGAAAUUUCUCCCAAGUCUGAUAUCGGAGGAACAAGCAGGUUUUGUUAAGGGAAGGAAUAUAGUAGAAAAUAUCCUACUAACUCAGGAGAUAGUGACUGACAUUAGGCUUAGAACUAAGGCUGGACCUAAUGUCAUUCUGAAGCUAGAUAUGACCAAAGCUUAUGAUAGAUUAUCUUGGCUAUUCCUAACCAAGGUACUGAGAAAGAUGGGAUUCACAGAAAGGUUGAUAGGGAUUGUCUUUGGAUUAGUUUCAAACAAUUGGUAUUCUAUUCUAAUCAAUGGUCAAGUUCAUGGGUUCUUUAAGUCCUCAAGGGGAGUAAAACAAGGUGAUCCUCUAUCUCCAACUUUGUUUAUAUUGGCAGCAGAAGCAUUACCUAGGGGUCUCAAUGAACUACAUACUAACCUGUACUUUUGUGGAAUUGGGAUGCCAAAGUGGAGUCCAAAGAUCAAUCAUUUGGUGUAUGCAUAUGACAUGAUUAUUUUCUCAUCCUCAGAUGAAACAUCUCUGAUGCUGGUUAUGCAAGUGCUGAAGGCAUAUGAAGCUGCAUCUUGGCAGCUUGUUAACAAGACCAAAUCAGCUGUGUACCUACAUCAUUUAACAAACAUGGAAGUGGUCAGCAAGGUGGAAAGGAUCACAGGCAUUCAGAGGAAUGAAUUUCCUAUCAUAUACCUAGGUUGUCCUAUUUUUUAUGCAAGGAGAAAGCUGGAAUACUAUCAGCCCCUAAUUACUAAGGUAAUGGACAAAAUGCAAUCAUGGCAGGGCAAGUUAUUAUCAGUAGGGGCAGGGCAGUUCUCAUAUCCAAUGUUGCACAAAUUGUUUGCUCAGUUUUUCUGGAGCAGCUCUGUAGGAGGAACUAGUAGGCAUUGGGCUUCAUGGAACACCUUAUGCUUGCCUGUGGAGGAAGGAGGAAUAGGUUUCAGGUCACUGUAUGAUGUAGCAAAGGCAUUAUUCAGCAAGUUGUGGUGGAAUUUCAGAACGAAAUCAAGCCUAUGGAGCUCUUUCGUUACCUUAGAUGGUGAGUGGGAUGUGGACAGGCUAUUUGAAUUGCUUCCUGAAGACUUAGCAGUACACAUUCUGGAGAAAAUCAAACCUCCUUCAUCUCAGCAGGUUCUUGACAUGCCUUGUUGGAUGCUGGAAACAAGAGGAUAUUUCAGUGUUAAGUCAGCAUGGGAUUAUACGAGAAUAAGAGACGAACCAAGAAUAGCUUAUAGGAUGAUUUGGGUAAAGGGACUGCCUUUUAAAAUAGCAUUUUUCAUGUGGAAAGUGUGGAAAGCAAAGUUACCUUUAGAUGAUUUCUUGAAAAAGGUAGGCUACUGCAUGCCAUCAAAAUGUUGGUGUUGUGUACAGCCUGAUGAGGAAUCUUUUCGGCACUUGUUUUUUAGAUCAGAAUCUGCAAAGACAACUUGGAAGUAUUUUCUAUCGAGGGCAGUAAUAGCUGUGGAGGGACUUACAUUGCACAAAGCAAUCACAAAAUGUUGGACUGCAAAUGUGUGCUUAAGGCUAAAACCAGUAAUGCAAGCACUCCCCUCGUGCGUAGUAUGGAAACUCUGGAAAAGAAGAAAUAGUAUGAAGUAUGGUGAUAAUGUGACAACUAGCAGGGUGAUUUACCAAGUUUCAUCAAAUCUCCAGGCAUUGGUGAAAGUGAGAAAGCCUGGGAUGGACAUAGUACCUCACAAAUGGAAAGAUCUUCUAGCUGUGAUGGAAAAUUUCACUCCCAAACUUAAG